UUUACAGAAAUCUGGGAACAAGAUCUUUCGGAUACCUUUAAAAUUGAAGGUUCCGAUCAGGGCAUACAAAAAGUCAAUUUAAAAUGUGGCUCCGAUUCAAUGCAUGUUGUACUGGAGACAGAAAAGCCCUUCACUGGUGUUAUGUACACCCGCGGUAGUUUUUACAAACAAACCGCACCGUGUUUUGUAAAACCCACCUCAAGUUCGGGCGAAAAAUCAUUGGAAAUGAGUUUUGCCUUGGAUCAGUGUCAAACGGUUAAGGAUGGUGAACUCUAUUCGAAUAUUGUUGUUAUUCAAAACGAUCCCGAGUUAAUAACACCCGGUGAUUCGGCAUUUUCAUUGGAAUGUGAUUUUCGUCAGCCCCGAAAUUUGGAUGUAGAAGCUUCGAUGCAGACAAGAGAUAGAAUUGCUUAUGGUUCGAAAAUUACACUAACAAGUCCUGAUCCUUCCUCGAAGGAUUCAGGCAAGUCAUUGCACUCAACAACAACAGUUAGUAAUGAUACAAACACGGUUAGCUAUAUACCCAAAAAUAAUCAAAAACAAGAAGAUGAGGAUAAUUCCAUACACUUGGGUACCGUGGAAGAUGUAACACACAUAUACACAAGAGAAGAAUUAUAG